AUGCCACGGGCAACCCUCAACAAUGUCAAUGGAGGUGAGACUGGAUUGAUUUUCUCUCACCCUUUUGGCGAAUCAUAUGAAACAAGAGGAGCACCUCUUGGGCCUACCCUUGAGAGUGUCCUGGAAAGAGGCGUCCUCAGGUGUGGCAUCAGAACCAACAGGAGCGGUUUUGCCCGUGGGGAAGGACCCACCUACACUGGAUUAGAUGUUGAUUACUGCCAUGCUCUUGCUGCUGGUUUGUUUAUGGGGGACUCCAAUGCAAUAUCCUUCAUUGAGCUGGUGGAUACUGUUGAUGGAUUCCGAGGGUUGGCAGAUGGAAGCCUGGAUGUUUUUGCAGGGGCACCAUGGACAUUCGAAAAUGAUUUCAAGGAGCCAUCUACUGGUCUAGGCUUUGCCUUUUCACAAGCAUACUUCUAUGGCUACAGUGAAGCUGAAGACAGCCUUUGUCUGGCAACCAUGCAAGAUGAUCAUGAUUGGAGCUCUUUUGUGUACUGGACCGUGGCAGCAACAGUUCACGCAGAGGAGAUGUUGUUGAAUAAGACAAGCUCAAAUCAAAUGCCAAUGGUGGGGCUCUUUGGAUCCAGCCACCAGCGCAUGUUCAGGGAUGCAAUUCUAGCAGUUGGCAGUUAUGCUGACAUGUAUGAAAGGAAUUUGCAAGCCAUUGUCCCUCGUGAGGGACGAAACUUCCUUAACAAAGGAUCUCAUUCUGGGCCUCAGCAUUAUGCUCCUGUCGAUGGAUUCUGA